AUGUCGGCAAAGGCUGUUCUCACCACACAUGAUGGUGAUCUUCUUGGAAAUCCAACUGCCUUUCGUGAGAUGGUUGGCUCCUUGCAGUACCUAACCAUUACACGCCCUAACAUAGCCUUUGUGGUCAAUUCUGUGUCACAAUUCAUGAGUCAACCUCGUGCUCCACAUCUCAUUGCAGCCAAACGUAUUCUCCGCUAUGUCAAAGGCACACUAGGCCAUGGUCUCCAUUUUAGUCCUCAAAGCCAACCUGCCCACCUUUCUGCUUACUCUGAUGCCGAUUGGGCCUGCUGUCCAGAAUCUCGCCGUUCCACUUCCGGCUAUCUCAUUUACCCUGGCAAUACCCUUAUCUCUUGGUGUUCCAAAAAGCAACGUACCAUUGCUCGCUCCAGUGCAGAAUCUGAAUAUUGA